GAUGGCGGUGCCCAGUGAGGCAGAGGAGGAGGCUGUCGUUUACCUAGUAGUGAGCGGUAUUCCCCCCGACCUGCGCUCGGCCCAGCUACGGAGCUACUUCAGCCAGUUCCGAGAGCAGCGCGGCGGGGGCUUCCUCUGUUUUCACUACCGGCACCGGCCCGAGCGCGCCCCUCCCCCGGCCGCUCCUGACGACUCUGCUGCGGAGGAUCCGGCUCAGCCUUCGGCCACCGAUGCGCGCGCUCUCUCCACUCGCGACUGUGCUCCGGUCCACGCACGCACCUGCUGCUGCGUCGUCUCGGUAAGGGGUCUGGCUCAAGCCCAGAGGUUUCUUCGCAUGUACUCGGGCCGCCGAUGGCUGGAUUCUCAGGGGACGUGGCUGCCGGGUCGCUGUCUCGUCCGUCGGCUUCGACUGCCUUCUGAGGCUUCAGGUUUGGACUCCUUUCCUUUUAAGACCCGGAAGGAGCUGCAGAGCCGGAAGGCGGAGAAUGAAGCGUUUACCCUGGCUGAUCUGAGGCAGCUGCCAGAGCUGAACCCCCCAGUACUGAUGCCCAAUGGCAAUGUGGGCACUCCCCUGCGGGUCUUUCUGGAGUUGAUCCGGGCCUGUCGCCUGCCCCCUCGCAUCAUCACCCAGCUGCAGCUCCAGUUCCCCAAGACGGGCUCCUCUCGCCGCUAUGGAAAUGUGCCCUUUGAAUAUGAGGACUCCGAGACUGUGGGACAGGAGGAGCUUGUAUACACAGCGGAGGGUGAGGAAAUACCACAGGGGACGUGCCUUAAAGACCCGCCAGCCAGCCCCUGUGGAGGGCCCGAGGAGGACGGGGAGGAGGAGCAAGAGGCGUCUCACUCAGAUGACGAUGAUGACCGGGGUGAGGAAUGGGAGCGGCAUGAAGCGUUGCACGAGGAUGUGACAAGGCAGGAGCGGAGCAGUGAGCGGCUCUUCGAGGAGGAGAUUGAGCUGAAGUGGGAAAAGGGCGGCUCUGGCUUGGUCUUCUACACUGACGCCCAGUUCUGGCAGGAAGAGGAAGGAGACUUUGAUGAGCAGACGGCCGAUGACUGGGACGUGGACAUGAGCAUAUACUACGACAGAGAUGCUGGGGACAAGGAUGCCCGCGACUCUGUCCGGAUGCGUCUGGAGCAGAGACUCCGUGAUGGCCAGGAAGAUGGCUCUGUGGUUGAGUGGCAGGUGGGCACCUUCGAGCGCCACACCAAGGGCAUUGGGCGGAAGGUAAUGGAACGACAGGGAUGGGCCGAGGGCCAAGGCUUGGGCAGCAGGUGCUCAGGGGUGCCGGAGGCAUUGGAUGGUGAUGGCCAGCACCCCAGAUGCAAGCGUGGAUUAGGGUACCACGGCGAGAAGCUACAGCCUUUUGGGCAAUUCAAGAAGCCCCGUGGAACGGGCCUGGGGCUCAUUUCCACCAUCUACGAUGAGCCCCUGCCUCAGGACCAGAGGGAGCCGCUGCUCCGCCGCCAGCCGCCCACCAGCAUGAAGUUUCGGACAGACCUGGCCUUCGUGCGGGGCUCCGGCGGGACCUGGAGCAGCUGCGCCGAGCCCGAGUGACCUCGGCCCGCGCCCGGCCCGCGCCCGAGCGGCCACCGAGGCCAAAGGCCAGGGGGCCUGUUCGGGCCUUGCCUAGUUCUCUACCUCAAGGACGGGUUUACGAAAAGCUCCCUGUCCUUCCUUCGGAUUUCAGAGCUCCACGAUGGAGCGGCACUGGUCUCCUAACCCCGGGCCCGGACUGCGCUGCCCCGUCCCGCCUCCCGGCACUCGGAAAAACUGGGUUUUCCGGCGUUCUCCACGUGAUCCAGGCGGGGCGGGCAGAGUCCGCGGGAGACGGCCCAAGUCUGCGACGUGUGGUGGGUGGGAGAAUAAACUUUGCCAAACGGA